CUUGCAAGGUAAUGCAAGCCAGAAACGGCAUUCUUGUUUACAUGAGGUUUGUGUUUUACCUGCCCUCAAUUGAGUUUCAUCGAGUGAAAUGACAUACUUUUCAAACAGAAUUUGCAGUUAGAAGAAGAGAACGGGUGUGCGUCUCGCAGUUUUUACCACCACCUGGCGUAAACGAGGAGCAUUUGGAAGUGUGUGAGAGAACGGACUUGUAAACAGUACGAUUUCCUGCUGAUAAAGAUGCCGAACACGUGGCUGAUGGUAGUAUUUGGGGCCACGGGAGCACAGGGGGGCUCCGUGGUCAACGCCUUCUUAAAGGACCACGCCUACAAGGUCCGCGCCGUUACCAGGGACGCCUCAAGUGAAAAAGCGGAGGAAUUACGGGCUAAGGGCUGUGAAGUUGUACAGGCAGAUCUAGAUGAUGCUGCCAGCGUUCGCCAGGCGGUAGAGGGCGCUUAUGCGUGCUUCGGUGUUACUAACUUCUGGGUGGACACCAAGGAUCCCCCGCGCGAGAUCCAACAGGGUAAGAAUCUAGUCGACGCCGUGAAAGACGCUGGCGUAAAGCACUUUAUCUUCAGUGGAUUUGAAUAUAUACAGAAGAUUAUUGGGAUAGAAUGCCCACACUUUGACGCCAAGGGACAGAUAGAAGAAUACAUGCAGGAGUCCGGUGUACCUUUUACCGGUAUACGAGUGUCUUUCUACUAUCAAAACUUCUUGACCUAUUUUCCGCCCAGGAAGGUAGACGAAGGGAAAUAUGUACUCGAAAUCCCGAUGGGUCACUCAAUGAUGGACGCCAUUGACGUAAAUGAUAUAGGCGAGUGUGUCCACUCUAUUUUAGAGAAGCCAAAGGAGUAUCUCGGCCGUUUCGUCGGUCUGAGUGGAACGUCCAUGACCGUCAGUCACUAUGCAGAUGUUUUUUCAAAGGUUUUCGCGCCAAAUCAAGUCACUGAUGCUAAGGUACGGAUAUCCAUGCUUUUAUCCUCGUUUGUUUGUUUUAAUCUUUCCUUGUUCAUGGUUAAUUCAUUCGUGCGUCAUUAA